UUUGAUCAUCGAAAACAAAUAUGUCUAACAUAUACAAUAACCUAGCAGUUCUUGCUUGCGAAGGCUGGUCAUGGGGUUGCAUCCAUGCCCAUGGAUUUGCUCCUCUUAUGGCGACGGCGCUAGCAAUUUUCUUCUGUGCAUGGUGGUGGUGGGUUAUGAAAAAUUCCAAAAUAAACCCGCCUCUACCACCUGGUCCUCUAGGCUUGCCUAUAAUAGGAAAUCUUCCCUUCAUCCAACCCGAAUUGCACCGUUACUUUUUAGACCUGUCUCGAAUCUACGGUCCCAUCUUCAAACUUCGCUUGGGGAGAAUGAUUGUAAUAGUCAUAAGCUCACCUUCACUUGCCAACGAGGUCCUUAAAGACCAGGAUGCCAUCUUCGCUAACCGUGAUAGUCCAGCAGCCGCCGUAGCCGGCACUUUUGGUGGUCUCGACAUUGCAUGGAGAUCCAAUGGCCCCGACUACAACCGACUGCGUAAGCUUGUUAUGCGUGAAAUCAUGAGCAAACAAGGCUUGGAUGCUUGCUACGUGCUUCGUCGACGUGAGGUACGACGAAUGGUGAAGGAGAUUCACGAAAAAGUCGGUUCCAUAGUUAACAUUGAUGAACAAUUAUCAGCAACUGCUCUACGAGUGAUGAUGAGUACGCUAUGGGGUGAUGAUCCAUCAAAAUUGAUUGGAGAGGAACGACGAAGCAAGGAUUUGUUUGAGUUGAGGAAACGGUUGGAUGAAUUUGUAAAAACAUUUGCUGCACCGAAUGUUUCUGAUCUUUUCCCAGUUCUUGCCCCAUUUGAUAUACAAGGAAUUGAAUCCAAAGCGAAGAAUCAUUUGUCGUGGUUUUAUGGGGUUUUUGAAUCAGUGAUAAAGAACAGAAGAAACAUUGGAGAAGAUGGAAGAGAAAAGGAAAAAGUUAGCAAGGAUUUUAUGCAGCAAUUGUUAGACCUACAUCAGCGAGGAAAUGAUAAAAGCUCUUUAUCCAUCAACGAAGUCAAAGCUUUGCUUCUGGAUAUGAUGGUCGGAGGAACGGAUACAAUACCAACUACUGCAGAAUGGGCAAUGACCGAAUUGUUACGUCAUCCAGAUAAAAUGGCAAAACUCGUUGGGGAAUUAGAUAUGGUGGUUGGAAACCAGGACGUGGUGGAAGAAUGUCAUAUACCUAAACUGAUUUAUUUGGAUGCUGUCAUAAAGGAAACACUUCGUCUUCACCCGGUUGUUCCAUUGCUAUUGCCUCACGUGCCCAGUGAAACCUCCAUUAUUGGUGGAUAUACUAUCCCUAAAGAUUGCAGGGUUUUCGUUAAUGCAUGGGCCAUGCAAAGGGAUCCUAAGUUGUGGGAAGAUCCUCUUCGGUUUCAGCCUGAGAGAUUCUUGGAAUCCGACAUUAGCUAUCGAGGCAACAAUUUCAGGUAUUUUCCAUUUGGGUCAGGAAGAAGGAUUUGUGUUGGGGUUUCAAUGGCGGAGAAAAUGGUGGCGCUGCUCUUAGGCUCUUUGGUGCACUCGUUUCAAUGGGGAUUACUGGAGGGGACCAAGCCUGGUUUAGAAGACAAAUUUGGGAUUGUUUUGAAGAAAACAGAAUCCCUUGUUGCGAUACCCAUUGCACGACUUCCUAAUUUAGAGCAAUACCAAUGAAUGUGUUCGGUUUUACAUAUCCAUAAACUAUAUAUGAUAUGCUAUGUGACUAUGUACGUGGGUGAAAAAAAUGUAAGAGAUAAAUAAGGUUUUGGUUCAAAUAGUAAAGUUGAGCCAUUAGAGAUUAUGGUGUGUUAGAUUUAAAUCGCAUGUAAAAUUUUAUAUAAAAAUAUCUUUACAAUAA